AUGCGCAUAAAAAGAAAAUCCGCUCCCAUAUAUCUCCGUAUCAAUGCCUUUAGAGCAGCAGAUCUCUUUCUUCCUGACUCAAAGGCCGGUCUGCGUAGCGUUAGCGCCUGUUUGGUGGCUCUGUUAAAUUCACACAAAAAAAGAUGUAAAAGAAAGCUAAAUACUCCAAAUCCCAGCUGGGAUGACGAAAUUGUCCUCCCAUUGUCGCACGGUGAUUGUAGUGACUUUCUCGUGUUGGCAGUAUGGAAUUGGAGUAAGAGAGAUCGGGUAUACUUGGGAGAAGUCAGAUUAAAGAUCUCGGAGAUUUUUCAAAAGAAUGAAACUUUGAAAACGGAGGCGCAAUGGUACAAACUUUAUCUGAGUGCACAGCGUCACGAGUAUAUCACAGGAUCUGUGUUGGUCCUGUUUGAGAUCUUCGAUAGACUGAAGAAUAUGGAUUCAAUGGCAGCUGAAGAAACAUCGUCCAGCUCCAACGUAGAUGCCGGAAAAGUACCACUGCGUCUUCAACCGGUUGAAGAUUUGCUCGAGAAGCUUUCAUUUUCCGGUCCCUCUUUGCAUGGAAAGUACAAGACUUGGCUCGAUUCGCUUCUCAUGCCCGAGGACACACCUGUUGAUGCAAAUGAGCAAGGCUUCUAUGCUGAGUUGCCUGCAAAUAUCGUUGGAACUUCAGAUGUUUCAGAUCUCGACUCUGUCGGUGAAGCUGUGGAGGAGCCAUCGAAGCUGCAUUUCCAACAUCUCUCGUCUUUGGCGCCACUGCAGGCGAAAUUUAUCUACGACGGUUCAUAUAGUGGUGCCUCUGAUUCUGAAUUCACGCGCAGUGACAACACAUCCGCAUCAGAAGUGCUGUCCAUUGAGUCUUCCAGUGGUAUGGAUGGUUUAGCAGGAGCAGAGGCCAUAGCUGCUAAGGCUGAACGGAAGAAGAAAAGACGUUUGUUUAGACGCAAACACAAGUCGGAAUCGAGUUACGAAUUCAGAAAUAGAAAGGUGGAAGGUGUUUUAUUCUUAGAGAUUGUUUCCUGUUCUGAUCUCCCGCCCAUAAAGAACUUCUCAAGGACUACUUUUGAUAUGGAUCCUUUUGUAGUGGUAACUUUCGGAAAAACGACUUUCCGUACAAGUUGGAAACGCCACAACCUCAAUCCAAUCUAUAACGAAAGAUUAGCCUUCGAGAUCCAGGAACACGAACUCAAAUACAACAUCCACUUCUCUGUUUUGGAUAAAGAGCACUUCUCAUUCCAUGAUCCAGUCGGUGAUGUAGAAAUUCCAAUCAGAGAUAUGAUGGACGUUUCUAAGGAAAUGCCAGAUAAGGGCUCCGAUAUGCAAAGAGAACAGUCAGAAGACUCCACUUUGCAGUUUCCCUUCCUAAAGGAAGCCAAUCAAUCAUCAUCCUCGAUAGCAUCGGGCUCUGAGUACACUCACAGCAACCCGUCUAUCUCUUUUGCCGAAGACUCGAAUCUUGUUAAAACCCGGAGGAAGCGUCUUAUUCGUAAACACACAAAUGUUCUGUAUGUUGACACAUCUCACUUUAGGACUUUGAAUCUUAAAUUGAAACUUAAAAAUGAGAAGAUGAGCGAAAAGCACAGCUCUACCCUCAAGGUUCGGGCCAGGUAUCUUACAUACGAAAGACUAAGAAGGGACUUCUGGAGAGCUUUGAUAGAGCAAUAUAGUGGCGACGAGUCACAAACAUCAAUGGACUACAUCGAGAUUAUCUCGUUCUUAGACACCCUUGGAUGUGCCAGUAGUGAUGAAAUCGUGGGCGAGUUUUACACCUCGUUAGGACGCUCAACAUGGGGAGGAGAUACGAUGACUUUCGAUGAGAUUGUUGAUUCUUUGGAACAACAUGUCAGCAAGGAGAACAAAAACCACGAGGAGAAGAUUUUCGAGAUUGAACAAUGUCCCAUUUGCUCCAAGAGCAGACUCUCGAAGAAGUACGAUUUGGACAUAAUCACCCAUUUUGCCAUCUGCGCCUCCAAAGAUUGGAGUAUUGUCAACAAACUUCUUGUCUCAUCUUACGUGUCACCACAAGUUGCCGCCAGACGCUGGUUCUCAAAAGUUUUGAUCAAACUUUCUUACGGUAAGUAUCAAUUAGGAGGCAACUCCGCCAAUAUCUUGGUUCAGGAUCGUUCAACAGGCCUCGUGCUUGAGGAAAAGAUGAGCGUUACUGUGAGAUUGGGCAUAAGACUUCUAUACAAGGGCCUAGAUAAGGCAAAGUCCAAGAGAGUGCGGGCGCUUUUGCGAAAACUAAGCUUGAAGCAGGGUAUUAAAUUUGACCACCCUCAGCUGACAAGAGACAUUGCAUCGUUCAUUCAGUUCCACAAAUUGGACUUGAGUGAAUGUCUUAUUGACGAUUAUACAAAGUUCACUUCCUUCAAUGACUUUUUCUACAGAAAGCUCAAACCCGGAGUGCGUCCAAUCGAGGCACCGGAUGAUGAUAGAGUCGUGGUAUCUCCCGCAGAUUGUCGUACCACUACAUUUGCAACGGUGAACGAUGCGACAAAUCUUUGGAUUAAAGGCAGAAAUUUUUCUGUUGCAAAGCUAUUCAACGGAAAUUUCAACAACAUGGAGAAGACAGACCUCUACAAAGCUGAGAAGUGCAGUGUUGGUAUCUUCCGUUUAGCACCUCAAGACUACCAUAGAUUCCAUUCGCCUGUAACGGGCACAAUUGGUCCCAUCAAGUAUAUUGAGGGAGAGUAUUAUACAGUCAAUCCAAUGGCCAUUAGGUCCGAUCUUGAUGUUUACGGUGAGAACGUGAGAGUGAUAGUUCCGAUCGAGACCAAGGAGUUUGGAACAGUGAUAUUCGUAGGAAUUGGAGCUAUGAUGGUAGGAUCUACCAUUCUUACUGUGAAGGAGGGAGACCAUGUUAAGAGAGGAGACGAAGUGGGAUACUUCAAGUUUGGCGGCUCAACGGUGUUGCUCUUGUUCCAGAAGGACAAAUUUUCUUUUGACUCGGACCUUCUUAGUAAUUCCAAACAAUGCGUUGAGACCUUGGUUAGGGUCGGACAAAGUAUUGGCCACAGUCCUGAAGUGGCAGAGCUUAAACGAGCCAAGAUCAAUUUCGACGAUCAGUCAAAGAAUUUCAGACUCAAGUUGAUCAGAGUGCUUACGGGUGGAGAUAUCGACGGAAAGACCAAGCUCAGUUCCUGGGAGAGCCAGAACAUCAAGAUCACUGUGGAUGAUGUUGAUCUGCUUCACAAUGCCACCUUGGGAGACUCAGAAAUCGAUUCCGAGGAGGAUAAUGACCCUGAUGAUAUCGAUGACAUUCCCCUGGAGUCAAAAAAAGAAGAUGCCUAA